AUGCACCCCUCGACGAGCCCGCGUUUUCCGCGUCCGAGCGCAAAAUUGACCAUCUUCUGGCUUAGGACGGCAAAGGUUCUAGUAUUCUGCCCUAUCAAUAUCAUCAUCGCCAUCGCGCUGCACGACAACGCUUUCGAUUCGGAGCACCUUACAGGCGCGUCGCGUGUGUUCCGCCUGGAGACCUGGGGCGCCACUCAGUGCACCCGUCUUCGAUGGAAGCAAUGGAUGCUGAAGGUUCCAGUCUUCCGAACGACGUAUCCCACUCUCAGAGAUGAUCUGAAGCGACAGACUCUCGAGAUGGGAUCCAAGAACCAUUAG